AUGGAAAAUAAGGCGGCCGCAUCUCUUUGCAGCAGUUUUGUCGUUCCACUCGAAAUCCAAAGAGAAAUUUUAUCAAGAACGCCGGUGAAGAGCCUCAUCCGAUUCAAGUGCGUUCAAAAAUCAUGGUGCAAUCUCAUCCAAGACCGUUCUUUCAUCGUCAAGCAUAUGGAUCGUUUUGGUAAAAACAGGUAUGGUUUUCUCCUCCGCAAUUUUACUUUUGAUCAAUACAUCAAGCAAUAUUGCAUAGGAAACGAGAGCAAUAAUAUUAUUGAGGGUACCGAAAUUCACAUGUCAACUAAAUGGUUAUUUGGAGAAUCAAAAGGGUCCAUAAUCGGUUCGAGCAACGGAUUAGUUUGUUUAAGCAGUCACUCUUUUGUCCUGCACCAACCGGAUCUCUUGAAAAUACAUAUUUGGAAUCCUUCCACAAGAAAAAUCAUGGAACUUCCUAUAUGUCAUGGUGGGGAUAUUGGAGCUACUAUUAUUUCUCCUUAUUUUUUCCUUGGCUUUGGAUUUUGCCCUAAGAUUGAUGAUUAUAAGGUGGUAAGGGUUAUGCUGUAUGCUCCUUCUUAUGGUUGGCCGCCAUUAGAGGUUCAGGUUUACACCUUAAGCACAAAUUCAUGGAAAAGGACGACAACGACAAAUCCUGGCUGGGGUCUAUCGCCUUCGUUAGGACGAAAACGUGGUCACAAAUGGGGCUUGUCAUUGUAUAGAAGCAGCUUUACGGUUUCGGAUAUAUUCAUCACAGAAUAUCGGAGUUUCCUUUCUUUGAUUUCCAAAGGAGCUGAUGGAAAUUCUGCAUUUGACAUAUGGGUGAUGAAAGAAUAUGGUGUAGCUGAUUCUUGGGUUAAACAAUUCGCUAUUGAAGUACCAGUCCCACUACAUAAAUUGCAGGUAAUGGUGAACUUUGACAAUAAUGGUGCUCAACUUCUUCUACUUCUAGAUAAGAUUACGAGAAGGUUGUUUUGGUAUGAUAUCAAGACCAAUCAAAUUGAAGAGGAGCAUGAAUUGUUAAACUUCUUAUAUCCAGAAGAGCAAGUCAUUGGUUGUAAGGAAAGCUUAGUUUCAUUGCCUGGGGAAAUUAGCACUAUUCAAGGCAUUAGGAGUGUUCGCCUUAGAUCUCACAAUGUUGUUGUUAAGACACUUCGCCAUGCAAGGAUGCUAUACUACUACUCAGUUCUUGGAUAUUUCCAAUCAGAUUGGGGUUGGACAUUAAUGCACAGGGUUGCUUUAGUUUCUCUAGUGUCAAGAGUGGUUGAGUCCCUUCCAAUUACAAUGGCAAUAGAUGAUAAUAUCUCUGUUCCUCUUGCUACCAUGCUAGUAGCCUAUUUGAGUUUUAGACACUAG